UUCGCCUCGGUUGAGUUUUGGAGAUUUGCGGUGCGUGUUUUACGGGAGAGGGUUAGACGGGUUAUUAGGGUUGUCAUCCUGCUCAACCUCCAGCCCCUCCUUGUUUUGCUGCUACCGAAAGCGAUGUUGUAAUGUUUACAUUUAGUCUAUGUUGCAUACCACUGCUGCUCUACUUAGUCAGCUUUUCAUUAGGUGCACACUUGUGGGUGCAUUCAGAAGCCUAGAUCUGCCCCAAUUCUUUGCAGGGAAGCAUUCAAAACAGACAAAGACAUUAUUUAUUAACUCCUACUUGACAAAUUGGGCCCGAUAGUUAGCUUGUCAGGCCUAAUACAGCUUGAUAGUCCACAAGCAUCACAUACAAGCUUUUGCCGCUGCAUUCGCUGGCCUAUAAAAACAUAGCUGAGAAACGUCGUAUAAAAGCUGAUGAAGGAUGUUUCUCACUUGGUCAUGCAAGUGCAAUAUUACAUAACUGGGUAGCUGGGUAGUCUACAGUAGGACACUGUGGCCUCCUGUGAGAGUCAAAACAGACUGUGUGCCACAGUGGAGUUACAGCCCUUAAGGCAGUGUCUUCUACAAAAUAAACUCUUAAUCUAAUUAAUUAAAAUGCAAGUUUACUUUUGGUCAAAAUUGAUGACUUGACCACUUAUGUUUUUGUUGCUUUUCAAUGGAGACUAAUUGCCACAAGAGUGAUGUUUUAGUUGGGAAAUUCCAAAACUUUUCAGGUCGGUUAUGCUAAAAUUGUUAAAUACUGCAUUCCUCACUUGGAAAGAGUUUGAGCUAAACCUACUCUUAUUAUUUUGUACUUACAGUGACUGUCAGAUGUGGAAUAAGUAUCCGAUCAUUCAUUUAGUAAAAGUAACACGAAAUUACUACAUCACUUGUUAAAGUGCUGCACUAUUUGAGUUAAGUAAAAGUACAAAAGUAUUAGCAACAAAAUGCAAUUAAAGUACUCAUAAUGCAAACUGUCCCCUGUCGGUAUUACUGAAUACUACUGGAUCAAACCAAUGCAUUAUUAUGUACUUGUAUAAGUUCAGGUGGAGCUAUAACUUUAAUUGCUUUAUACACUGCUGAGUAGAUUAACCUGUAACAAUGCAUGCUGUUGUAUAAACCGAUUUAGUCUGUAAAAUAUUCACUUGAAACACAACUAGCUGUUAAUAUAGUGGAGGAGAAAGUGCAAUAGUAUCUCAGAAAUUAUACUUUUAAGUUACUUUCCACCACUGCUGCCUGUUACUUCAAAAACGUAUAGCGACUUUAUGAUAUAUGUGGCAAGAAACACCCGGAACAGGAGUAUAUUUCCGUCCCGUCACUAGACCUCCUAUUAGCGUUAGGGAUAUUUAAUUAAACAAUGUUAUUGUUUAAUACCUCUUGUAGCUUAUGAUUGUUUACACGCUACAAAUAACAACAGGAAACCGCUUGUUUAGAUACAUUGUAGCACAAGACUGUCUGGACGGCUGCUGUCUGUGUUUGCUGCACGCUGAUUGGCCCGUCUGGGAAAAGGAGGCGUGGCCUCGUCACAACAAUACAUUUCAAGGAACAUACACGCGCCAAGGAAUGUUUUUUUUUCUACCGUUCAUCGUUGGUGUAGCUAACGUCACCUUUUGCACACGUCUAACGGUAUUUCCUGCUCAGGUAACCGCCGCCGUUAACGGUUAAGAGCCAUUUUGCGGUUUGUGGAGAAAAAACACCACCUCCUCCUCCUCCCUCCUCCUCCUUCUUCUCCUUGUGCAGCAGUUUGGAAGCGUGUGUUAGCUGGCCAAGCUAACUAGCAGCUCCGUCCGACAUUAUCCAAGAACAACAACAACAACAACAACAAAAGGCAAGAAAAUCUGUUAAGAGGAAACAGCAAGUCGGUUGAUUGUCUUAGUUCCUGUCGGGUGAUGGUAACUCUCGGUUAAGAGCCGGUUUACAUGCAGGAAUAACUUGAUGGGACUCGACAUUUCGGAGGCUGAAACACCUGCCGUCUCCCCUUCUCACCGAGCAAAGCAAACUAGCUGAGAAAAGGUUAAGACAAUCAGAGGCAACAUACAAGUGCCUCCACUGUACGGUUUCCUUUCCCAGAGUGUGACUCGUCUGCACGACGUCACCAAUGCGACCAUGGGAAAUAGCAGUAAAUAGGCUGCCACCAACAGCCCCCUUAAACCCAAGGAGGUUCCUUGGAGAGCCCUGUAACGCCCCAGUGCAUCUCAGGAGAAGCCCACCAGUGAGACGCCAGUGGGGGAGACGAGACAGACCUGUACUGCACAGUUCUCUGGUCCAGGAUGAGAACUUCCAUCAUCUCCUUUUCUCCCAACAUCACCAACAGGUUCCUUUAGAUGAGUCCAGACAAUACAGCCACACCAGCACACCACCACGCAUGCUUCACCCUGCUGCUCACCUGCCCCAGCAGAGCCCCAUCAUGGUGGAUCUACAUGACCAGAUGCACCAGGGAUCAGUUCCAAUAUCAUACACUGUUACGACGGUGACGACCCACGGAUUUCCCAUCCACACCGGGCAGCCCCUUCCAGGGUGCAACGCUCAGCAGCUCCCAGCAUGCUCGCUCAUACAGGCAUGUACCAUGCAGCAUAUGCCAGUGUCUUAUCAAGCCUUUCCACCCCUGAUAUCCAGCGAACAUUUUGUAUUGCACCCAACCCCAUCCGUACCCCCCCACCAGCCACCGCACCUUACUCCUUUGAGUCAGUUUGUCCCUUUACAGCCUCAGCAUCCACGCAUGCCUCUACAGAGGGUAGAGAAUGAAGUUGACCUAAGAGGGGACCAGCACCCAUUAGGGACCUUCUCCUACCCUCCCUCUCAUCACCCACCAGCGCUGCCUCCUUCUCUGCCCUUACAGUAUCUUCCUCAAGAGCCGCUGCAUCAGGAGCUUCCCUUUGGAGUGCCAUAUCCCCACAUGCUGCCCCGGCGAGUGAGUGGACAGAGAUACCGGCUGCAGCAACCUCUCCCCCCUCCUCCUCCCCCUCCAUCAUACUACCCAGGCUUCCUCCCUUACUUCCUGUCAAUGCUUCCUGUGCCUCCAACAGCAGUGGGCCCAGCCAUCAGUCUAGAUCUGGAUGUGGAUGACGUGGAGAUGGAGAACUAUGAGGCAUUACUGAAUCUGGCAGAGAGGUUGGGUGAAGCGAAACCACGUGGACUCACUAAAGCAGAUAUAGAACAACUUCCGUCCUACAGAUUCAACUCAGAGAAUCAUCUAUCUGAACAAACGCUGUGUGUUGUGUGCUUUAGUGACUUUGAGUGUAGGCAGCUACUUCGGGUAUUACCUUGUAACCACGAAUUCCACGCAAAGUGUGUGGAUAAAUGGUUAAAGACCAAUCGCACUUGUCCUAUCUGCCGAGCCGAUGCCUCGGAUGUACACCGGGAGGUGGAGUGAGAACUGUCUUUAUCUCUGAGUGCUGAACUGGAAAGCUGCACACACCAGAGUCUGUCCCGAAACUGGGGACACCUGCCACCUAACCUGCGUCCUCCAGUAAAUAUAGCUUACCAACCCACUACUUCUGCCCCUUCCUAAAUAAUAAGCAAUCCAGGAUUGUUUCUGGAGCCUGUUGUACCUCUGCUGUGCUUCAUUGUCCAAGUCUCAUGAAACCCACUGCCUAUCGCAGCCUAUAGCCAGAGUUCUGGGAUCGCCAGCCAGUUCUUUCUCUGCCCCCUCGUUGCAGAUUCCAAAGAUUUUCCCUACAAUGCAUUAUUUGCUGCUUUUGUUUACAGGGUUUCAUUUUUAUUUAGUGGAUUUGGUUGUGGUGUUCAUGAAUAGUGGGAGUCCUGCAUUGGAAGAGGUGAGUCGGGAUCCUGGAGGAUGAUAGGCUGGACACCUUGUGCAAUUAGCAGAAAAAUAAUAGGAAUACUUCAACAUGGGUAUCUGUGUUUGGAGGCGACGCCUGACCAUCAUAGAUGCAUGUUUGUGUAGGUGUUGGGCAAAGUGACUUGUUAAUAAUGUAUGUUCUGCAAUAAUGUAUUGAUCAUUUCAACAGUUUUACCCCUUAUUUGUUUUAGAUUUGCCAAUGCUAUUGUGAGUGUGACUUGCUGCGGUUAAAUGCAGAUUCUGUUAAGCCUGAGGUUAUUGGACUGCAAGUGAUGGGACAUGCAACUGUGGGGUAUCUUCUACCCUAGAUUAUUCACUCUGGAACACAGAUCUGUACAAAAGCAGUCAUGGAUUAAUGGACUGCGUCUUUUCGAGGUCAUCUGGCAUAACUGCACAAGUGCUACAUCCACCCUCCACGUCAGCAAUUGUUCCUCUGGCAAGUGUGUACGCGUGUGUGCAUAUUGUGUGUGUAUGUUUGUCCUGUUCACAGAGCCAAUGCAUUGUGUAACCACUGGAUACAGGGCAGCAUGCUAGGAUUUGCAUGACCUGUUGAUUCAGACUAGCAAUAUUUUAAUCAAGCAUUGCCACCAAAAUUAUCAAAUUUUAAGAAAAAGAAGAGACAAAGAAGCCUACUAAAAGAACUGCUUGCUUAUUCAGAGAGCGCCAUGAGGGAAGACUAGCAUGUGGUUCCACCCUGACUGCGUUUAAGGAUGGGAGUCCUCGUCCGAAGGCUAUGCUGACGCCAUAGAGCUCUGGAGGCCUGUGCAGAAAGCAAUAUGUGCAGUGAGUGGCGAGUUUUAAAUGAACUUUCUUCCCCUUUUAGGAAGACUUGGCUUUUUAUUUCUUUGUUUGUGAGCCAAAUCCAAUAUACAGAUAUAGCCUAUACUGUUCAAGAUUUCAGAUCUGCCUUCUUAUGACCUUGACAAGCACAAACCUAUUACUAAUCCUGAAAAUACUUUGUCAUUUCCACUUGUUUUAAAAGUAUGCCGUUUUUAAAAAAAGGUUUAUUUAUUGGUUUUAUCUUCUAGAGAAAAUACAUUGAAGGAAACAGUUGGAGCACUAACAAUGUUUGUGUAUGUGUUAUAUUCUGGUAACUUGGUCAGGUCAUUGUCUUAGGCCAUGGUAAUGGUGUUGUAAAAGAGCAACUGUAUGUAUAGCUUCCGUGUGAAUGCUUUUAGAUAAACGUUUGAAGACAGAAGAAUGUUGAAAAUCCUUGUAGAAGUCACUGGUGACACUCCACGAUGCGCCAGCUGUCUGUAUCCUGCAGUGAUCAGGACGGGGUUCAAAUGACACAGAGCUGGAGUGUUCAGUAGUGUAGAAACACUGUUAGACUUCUAGUUCCCUGCUUGUGUUCACACAAAAAAAAGAAAAAAACAGGAUACAUUUGGGGUGGGAGGGAAAAGAGCAUCAAAUGGACUUUUGCUUUGGAUUCACUCUUGUCUCUUAACUGCCCCAGUAAGCACUAACAGGCAGUUCUAACCUUUGCUUUUAUGUGUAAAGGGAUCUUGCCUUUUUCUUUACUUUUGUUUCUUAAGUGAAUGUGAGUCUUUGAUGUGUGUGCCACCUUCAAGAGAAAAAAAGAAGCCAUUUAAUGAGUUAAACCCACAGCUUUGAGAAUUAACCUAUGUGUACAUAUCUAUUCGCUGGCAUAUAUUGUAAGUUAAAAAAAAAAUCACUCAGGGCCUCUCGGUAUAUAAAAAUAAAGGAGAACAGUCCAUUUCAAAUGGAAAGGAUUCCAUGAAAAGGGUAUAUCUGAAUUUAGUUUGGUCGUUUUCCUCAGACCAUAAAUAAUUUAAUGUAAUCAAUUAUAAUAUUCUGUUUUGUCGGAAAUAGUAGAUAUUACAUAAUUUAAAGACAGGCAUGCAAGAAAAAAAGAUCAGUAAAUAUGUUACUAGUAUUCACUGAAAAGAGGCAAUGUACACUGCAACUCAUUACAAGUGUAUUAUUCAAACCUGUUUGACUUUUGUUCUUUUACUCGAACCAUAUGUUCAACAUAGCGGUUGUGAACCCAUUUCUAAAUGUGCCGCGGUGCACACUAUUCUACCUAAUUCACUCCCAAAUCUACUUCAGAGGUGUUUGCAUGACUUAAAAAAAAAAAAAAAAAGUUAAACAAGUGUGUUAUAGUGGAGGAUAUCUCAAAAAUCUGGUGGGGACCUAUUUAAUGGUGCACAAUAUGCAUGCUUGUCAACCAGAUCCCAACUGAUUUUUAGCUCUAGUUGGCUUUGGGUUCUGGGGGUUUGGAUCUUAACGCUCAGCUGAUAACUGCCAUGCAUUGUACUGCACACAUUUGUAAUAGAACUGAAUGACUACAAGAUUUUAUUGCGCUAACUUCAUUUUAUAGGAAGAAAAAAAAAAAAAAAAAACAACUGGUCUUGAUUCCAGAAAUUCUUACAUACAUUGUGUUACUGUUAUUGCCCUAACGACUGAAAAUUACAUGCUCUGAAACUACUGUAGUUUAUCAAAAGCCAUAGUGAAAAGGUGCUAGAUGUUCUGCUUUUAGGUAUGAAAACUCACUUGCGUGAAUGCAAUAGUUUGUCAUGGAACCCAUGUAUUCUUAAAGCAUGUUAUACUAAUACCCCUAAACAAUGUCAGUGAAAAUCAAUAUAGUUUAAGGGAUUUAAAAAAAAGAAUAAAGUGUUGUCAUACUUAUUUCAGUGUAGUACUGUACCUGCCUAUCAGGCUCUUGCUCUCAGUGUAUCAAUAUCUUAAAAUGUAUUGUUCACAUAUAGAUACUUUUAAUUCAUGUUAAUGUUAGCACUAUUAUUUUUUGAGUAAAUAUUUAAUUGACAAUAUCCAGCUACCCUAUUAAAUAAAAAGAGAACCUCCCAUUAAGGCCUAGGUAAUGAGAUAAUUUUAAUGACAACUGAGAAUAGAGUCUUGUAGUCUUUCUGUUAAGAGUUAUUGAAUAAUCUCACAGCUUGUGUGGUGCAAAAAUGUGUUCCAAUAAGCAGCUAAAAUUUAUUUAGGAUUUGUGAUUGAUUGCUCCGUAGACGCCAUUUAUUGUUUACCAAUGACUUUUGCUGUGGUGGGAUAGUGGUUUACUGUUCUUACUCUCCCUGGCCUCUAGGGGUCCUUGCCUGAACACCAGACUACCCACCCGCCAACAGAGCCAGGGGCAUGUGUUCUGUGUUAGGCAGAUAUUUUGCUUUGGUACUUGCACAUUUACAGUUACCUCAUUUUUUCCAUGUUUGUAUUGGGGUGGGGGGGGGGGGAGAAAACAACUAAUAUAUAUUAUAUAUAGGAAAUGGUUCUUAUUAAUGUUAUAAUUUUUCAUUCCAUUGGAAUCAUAUUGUUUGUAGCAUUUAACAUAACUAGUUAGUGUAUUAUAUAUACAUCUGUAUACUGUUUGAAAUUUUUAAGAUUUGUACUUUUUUUAAAUGAAAGUUGCUAGUUAUGCUUUACCAAGUAGUGCAAUCAUAUUUUUUUUUAAUUGUUGUGGCUGAUUUGAAAGGGUUGUUCACUAAUAAAUGUAUGAUGUAUACCAAUA